GCCAGUCGUGAUGCGCUAGUUGCCUCCAAGCAGUGCUUGCUUGUAUGUUCAUUACCGCCGCUCACAUGUCCCGCAUCGGAGACCACAACAUUGGAUCCAUGUCCCACAUCAUCGAGGAGUCGGAACUAAGUAACAACUCCAGCGAUAAGAUGAUAAAAAUAAAAGAAGAAAACUACAUUCAGUCAACAGAGCAACAGGCACUAGGUUACGAGCUGAAGGAAAUCGAAGAUGACAAAAGCUGUUACAGCCAGGAGCUGCUCCCGAGCGGUAACAACGUAACCACUACCACGUUCAGCCCAUCCAAAGAGAAACAGAACGAGUCGGUCUGUAGUUCCAGCUUGACCAAGCCGCCCUUCUCCUACGUGGCGUUGAUCACGAUGGCCAUAGAGUCAACGCCGAACAAGAGGGCCACCCUGGCCGAAAUCUACGAGUACAUUAUCAGGAAGUUCCCCUUCUUCGAGGCCAACAAAAAGGGCUGGCAGAACUCCAUCAGGCACAACCUCAGUCUCAACGAGUGCUUCGUCAAGGUGCCGCGGGAUGGAGGCGGUGAGAGGAAGGGUAACUAUUGGACGAUAGACCCCCAACAGGGGCAAAUGUUCGAAAACGGCAACUACAAGAGGCGAAGACGGCUGAAGCGGAGGUACCCGACCAGCAAACUAUUCCACGAGAGCUCGUACCUCCCGAGGAGUUUAUUCCCCGUCGGUACACCUUACCCGUACCCACCGAGUUGCAGUGCUUGGGGAAUGCAGAACUCCCAACUGCCGUACGCUUCGACCUGCCAGAGUUCCUUGCCCCGUACGACGCAGGCCAAUUACGGAACAACUUUGCAGUCACAAUGCGAUCAUUGCACAGUGUGGCACUGUAGCGUUCACUCCAAGUGCAGAAAUACGGAAGCCAACUUUGGCUACCGCCGCCAGUGUGAGAAAGAGACUAUCAAAUAUCUGCAGGCUCCACUUCAACCUGUUCAAUCGAUGCAGGUCUCCACUGGUAUGAAUGCAUAUAACCAACUUGGUCCUAUGGUUGACUUGGGUAAUGGAAGUAACAGCUUCACGAACUACAGCCAAAGCUGUGCUCGCAAGUACGACACGACUACAAGCAUGGACCCGGUGCGCUACGCACCCUACUGGCCCACCAUCACUGCCGAGCAAGAAGCGACAACCACCCCACCCAUCAAGGAGGAACUCCUAGGACAGCCUACGAACAGUAUGAACUUCAAUGGAAGUCUAGAUUUCGCGUUGUCAUCGACAAGAUCCAAGUGCUACAUGUAAAGGUUACGAAAUACUCAGGGCUGAUUCGAAUCAUAUGUUAUGCAGUAUUCAAUAUGAUAUAAGUUAGGGGUUAUGAUUUAGUUACCCUAAAUCCCAAUUAAUGUGAUUUGACCAUGUUAUUUUUAACAUUUAUGUUUUGUAUAUUCCAUGUUUAUUUAUUUAUUAAAAAUGAAAAACUAUUUUUUUUUCGUUUUUUUUUUUAUUUGUAGCUUGUAUUUUAUGAAUAAAUACACAAGUGUCUUUGAUUUGAGGUGGUUUUGUUUUUC